AUGUUGCAGUCAUUGCAGAUAGACGCUGUUUUGACGCCUUCGAUCUCUUUAGCUACACGUCUUCGCCUUUUGCUCAAUCAGCAGCUCAAUAUCCUGCUUUAUGCCUAUGUAAAUAUCCACAAGCUCUCGUUUCGUGAACCGAGGUAUCAAGUAUUCUAUAUUUCUACAAGAUGUCAGCAACAACGCUGUCUUGUGUAUAACGUGUCUUCUCAAAUCCCUCGAAAUCCGCCUUCUGAAGGAGCGGCCCACCGUCCUCUGAGACCUCUUCACCUCAACAUACAUGGCGGCGCUUUCAUUGGUGGGAUCCCUGAAAUCGACCAUGACUUUUGCUCCCAGCUUGCAAGAACCACUGGUGCGGUGGUGGUGAGCGCAUCCUAUCGAUUCGCUCCAAGAUUUGCCUUUCCAGCUGCGAUUGACGACAUCGACGAUAUCAUUGUUUGGCUCCAAAUCAAUGCGAGGACUCAAUUAGGAGCAGAUCCUGAAUUAUUCACCGUCAGCGGCUCUUCUGCCGGUGGAAAUCUAGCCUUGGCGGCGUCCCAGAAUGAGCGAUUGCAGAGAAAGGAGGCAGGUAUCAAAGGCGCUGUGACGUUCUUUGCAGCGAUCGACCUUCGGAUACCUCCCCAGGAAAAGCCAAAGCCGCCUGGUUUCCCGAAGUACGAUCCACUCAGCUUCAUGAUGCCACUAUUCGAUGCUUAUGCUGGUCCAGCACGGGCAAAGGAAAAGGCCAAUUCCCGCUUGAGUCCCAUUGUAGCCCCUUAUCUGACUUUGCCACCUCAUAUAUUCAUGAUCGUACCUGAAAUCGACAUUUUGUUCAACGAGCAAGUGACUUUCUUGCGAAGAGUAUUGACUGAAAUUGAGGAAGACCCGGGGAUCAAAGACAGCGAGCGUAGUAUCAAAGCCAUGUUCUUCGAAAAAGGAUUUCAUGGUUGGAUAAAUCUACCAUCUUUCCUCGUCGGCGAUGCUGACAAGAAAGCUGCAUUUGGUGCUGCUUGCAAUUUUAUCCAAGACAUUCAUCGAAACCAUGGCUCUAACUAUGGUGAAAAGCAAGACUGA